AUGGCAACUUUUAAUGAAAAAAAAACCUGCAGCCAACGGAUGGAAGAUUUCAGCCAUUUUAUGUGGAAUCCAGAAACAAAGCAGUUUAUGGGAAGAACCUUGAUUAAGUGGGUGUGGAUCAUUUUGUACUACAUUGCCUUCUAUGUGGUGAUAACUGGGCUGUUUGCACUUUCCCUGUAUUCCUUAAUGAGGACAAUAAAUCCAUAUACACCGGACUAUCAAGAUCAAUUAAAAUCGCCAGGUGUGACAUUACGUCCAGAUGUUUAUGCAGAUGAAGAUCUGGACAUUUAUUAUAACAUUAAUGACACACACUCCUGGGGAAGACUUGUAACUGCUCUUCACACUUUUCUUUCAGCAUACAAUACAACUGCACAACAUAAUAAUGUCAACUGCUCAAGUGAGACAUACUUCUUCCAGAAAUCAUUCCUUGGUCCAAAUAAAACAAAAUUAUCCUGCAAGUUCACAGCAGAUAUGCUUGAAAACUGUUCGGGCCUGACAGAUCCCAAUUUUGGAUUUCCAGAAGGAAAGCCAUGCUUCAUUAUAAAAAUGAACAGGAUUAUCAGUUUUCUCCCUGGCAAUGGCACUGCACCAAGGGUAAACUGCACAAAUAAAGAUGAUGAUUCCAGCCCACUUGAAGUUCAAUACUAUCCAGUCAAUGGUACCUUUAACCUUCACUACUUCCCUUAUUAUGGAAAGAAAGCACAGCCCACCUAUACCAACCCUUUGGUAGCAGUGAAAUUUCUCAACAUUCCAAGGAAUACAGAAGUUAACAUAGUGUGCAGAGUUGUUGGAACUGGAAUCAUCUCAGAUAAUAUUCAUGACCCAUUCGUAGGAAAAGUGGAAUUCAGACUGAAAAUAGAAAAGUAGACAACAGUAACAUUUAUAGUACAAAUGAAAAUGUUUCUAAAAAGUGUGCUAUGAAGAGUGAUUUAGGUGUCACUACAUUGUUUUAUAUUUAUUUUCUCUCAAUGAUUUUACACCAAAAUUGCUCAGACUGCAGUUUAACAAAAGCCAUUUUAAAUGUCAGUACUGAAAGAUCAUCCACAGAUCAAAAAAUCCACAGUAUCAUUUACAAUGCACCAAGCAAGGAUUUUUCCUGAUGACAUACUAUGUGGAACAAAACAGCUUGCUCUUCCAUGACAGCCGUAUAUUAGUGCAAACAGUUGUAUAAAAUGGCUUUCUUCUAAAUGGAGCAGAAAUGACUCAUGAGAAACAUGGACAUAGUAUCAAGAAGUCAUUUUCAGUGACUUUUUUUAACCAUAGAAUAACCAUUGUAUAUUUACUACAUACUGGACACUGUAGAAACAGCUGAGGUAUUAGGAAAAAUAAAAUGGCAUAGCAGUUGAAGCACUGGUUUAUAUUUCAUUACACAUUGAAUGCUACGCAAAAAACAAUGUAUAACUCAAAAAGUAGUAUAAUCUAACUGGAUCAUUAAUUAAUACAUUAUAUUCUGCAUGGUUCAGUCAACAGAUUUGUUUUAUUGUGUAACCUAUCAAAUAUUAGAAAAAGAACUGACUUGAAAAUUAGCUUAUGUAACUUACAUCAUUAUAAUUACGGCAAGUUUUACAACUUCUAUAUGUGUACAGUUUAAUAAAAUAAUCAAAGGUGAAAUCUAAUUAUGCCUAUGAAAGUUGGGCUAAACUGUUAAAUUAGCACAACAUGGCACCUCCAAGGGCCAGCCCCCCAAAAUAAUCACUGAGUUUUGGCUGUCUGCAAUAAUUCAGGAAAACAGAGCCUAUUAUGAAAAAAUCAAGUUCUGUAGCAACUGACAUAAAAUAGUAUUAAUAUAGCUACAGCACAACAGUAUAGCUUCUGUUCAAAUGGGCUUGGUUAAAAACUAGGAUGUUUCAAGUAGACAGUAAGUAUUUUGGAGAGUACGUAAUUCAGAAGAUAUUUUUGAACGCUUUCUUAAUUGGAAUCUGGAAAGACAAAGAUUGACAAACUUCCACAGCAAGACCCAGUAAGCAUGGCACCUGGAAUGACUAACCUACAGGAAGAAUCCUUAGAGGGGAAGCUAUGUCUCCCUCCACGACGAGCAAGAGAGACCCUCCUCACAAACCUGGAAUUAAGGACUAUUUGGAUAUCUCUAGUUUCAGGGAGAGAGAGAAAAUUAGUUCUUACCUAUACAUUUCUUUCCCUAAAUCUUUUGCAUCUCAGUCUUAACAGUGGGAUUUUUGUCUCUUUUUUAGGUGAUUCAGUGAAGACCAACCUUUUAUCUUUGCUGGGCAUAGAUUUCUCCUCUGAAUCUUUCCCAAAAUAGCAUUUAAAACUAUGAAAACAACAAAAAAUUGUGAACCAAACUGCUCAAAUGUUAACCAGUACCAUUUGUACAUAACCGUACCAUUUGCCCAUUGAGCUAUUAGAAACAAGCAUAAAAAUCCUCCUGCUUCUCUUGCAGAAGAAGAUCCUGCUGGCUUCCUGCUGCAAUUUUUAUGUUUGAAUCAGAAAGCCCUCUAUCACAAUUCCACAUACUUGUAGGAAGACUGCUAUUCAUUUUUGCUACAUGCUAGACUGCUUGUGCCCUCAAAGGCAAUCUGAGCAUAAAAUGUCUCAAAGACUAGACCAUUAGGAUUGUGAAGAAAGGUCUUCAGUACAUUGAAGAGAAAGCCAUAGCACUAGAAGUGUCCAUGUGUGGGUUUUAUUGAACAGAUUUUAUGUUCACAGUACCGCCGUCUGAAAAUGCUACUUGAUGUCACUGUAAACAGUAACAUUUGCCAAGAUUCCCAUACACAGUGCAAUCGCUCCCCUAGCGAUCUCUUAGAUGCUGGAAUGUAUGGCUACUGGACAAAUUAUGCAAUUCCCCUCUCCAAAGAUGUAAUCAUCUGACCUUGAUGAGGUGACUGCAAGGUGUUUAGAAACAUCAGUUUAGAAGCAUUCAAGGACAGGCAGUACUUCUGAAUGUAGCUGGACAUUUUCUUCUGUCCAAUAGAAAUAGGAAGGAGCCAUAGUUUCAGGGUAAGAGAGAUCACUAUAUUGUCUACUCUGAACUCAGAAACCACCCAUUUUAAUGUACUGAGCCUGAUAACUACUGUUGGAAAAAGUGCAUCUCUCAGUAAGGCAUCUACAUUCUUGAUUGGAAGACAGCACAAAAUGGAAAAAUUAGCACGUUGUAAUUUGUUCCAUUAAUCAUAUCACUAUUUGCUUAAAUAUUUUUUUUUUU